AUGGCGAGCACUGAGCCAGAGCACGAGAAUCGCGAAGAGGCAGCCGAAGUCCACGAAGAUGAAGACACCGGAGCGCAAGUUGCACCGAUCGUCAGGCUUGAGGAAGUUGCCGUCACUACCGGCGAGGAAGAUGAAGACGCCGUCCUCGAUCUGAAAUCGAAGCUGUAUCGAUUCGAUAAAGAUGGGCAACAAUGGAAGGAGAGAGGAGCUGGAACUGUUAAGCUAUUGAAGCACAAGAAGACUGGCAAGGUUCGACUUGUCAUGAGACAAUCUAAAACCCUAAAGAUCUGCGCCAAUCACCUCAUUUUGUCUGGGAUGAGUGUUCAGGAACAUAGUGGGAAUGAAAAGUCAUGUUUAUGGCACGCUACUGAUUUUUCCGAUGGAGAGUUGAAGGAUGAGCUUUUCUGCAUUAGAUUUGCAUCAAUUGAAAAUUGCAAGACAUUCAUGGAGAAGUUCAAUGAAAUCGCUGAAAGCCAAAAAGCAGGGAAAGAGAGCACAGAGGGCGACGAGGCUGCUGGUUUACUUGAGAAUCUUUCAGUUGAAGAUAAGAAAAGUGAGGAGAAAACCAAGGAAGAAGAAAGGGAAAGCCCUGCAAAGGAAGAGAAAGACACAAAGGAGAAAGAAGCUGAAGAGAAGAAAACAGCGGUGAGCACUUGA